GCGGGGACUGGGGUCUGGAAGGUGCUCGAUGUCUGCGACCCUCUAACCGGGGGCAGCCAGAGUCUGAGCUGGGGGAGGGUCGGGCCGGGUGGGAUUGGGUUCCGCGGGCGGAGGCGUUUCUGAGCCAGCCCCGCCUGUCAGCGCCGGUGACAUCACCGACCACCCUCCCCCGCCCGAGCCCCCUCCCCUCCCUUCCCCUCCGCUCCUCGCCGCGCCUUUUGUCCCGGGCCAGCUCUGCUCUGCCCCGCCCCUCCCCGCCCAUCUGCGAGGGAGGAGACUCCGGGUCAGUGACUUCAUUGAGUAGGUUCUUGGGGAUCGGGGUCGGAUCCUCCCCGGAGAGAGAGGCGAGAGGAACUCACUGCCUCUCAGGCCCUCACAAUCACACCUGCCACAGGUACACAGGCUGCCACUUGCAAGCACAGGCUGGCCACUGCCAGCCUUACAGUCCCACUGCCACACAGCCAUUCAUACAGACAUUGCUGCACCUGAGAGCAGGUGGCCGCUGGACCCUAUUCCUUCACUCUCCACACCUGGGGAUCAGGUUUAGCUGCUGCUGCACCGGACGGGACUUGCUGGGCAAGUGCCUCUGAGAACCUGAGGAGGUGGCUUCCAGAGCUGCAGCUUUCCAAGCAGGCUCCAGUGGAGCGAUCAGAGGUGAGGGGCUGGGCUGGGCAUGUUUAAGCGCACAGUGCUCUCCUGCCCAUCCCCAGCAGCACCCCCACUACAGGCCCGAGCAGCUUUCCGGAGCUUCCCACACUUCUGGGGAGAAGACUUCUUAGCCAGCUUGAUGUUUAAAAUUCAGCUGGAGCCCUUAAAACUUCGAGCGUGGACGCUGAAUGGGUUUGUAAAGUUCCGAAACAAGGAGACAAGUGCUGGUCCAGUGGCUGUGAUGGGAAAGGAUUAUUACAAGAUUCUUGGGAUCCCAUCGGGAGCCAACGAGGAUGAGAUCAAGAAAGCCUAUCGGAAGAUGGCCUUGAAGUACCACCCAGACAAGAACAAAGAACCCAAUGCUGAGGAGAAGUUUAAGGAGAUUGCAGAGGCCUAUGAUGUGCUGAGUGACCCCAAGAAACGGGGCCUGUACGACCAGUAUGGGGAGGAAGGCCUGAAGACUGGCGGUGGUUCGUCGGGUGGCUCCAGUGGCUCCUUUCACUACACCUUUCACGGGGAUCCCCACGCCACCUUUGCCUCCUUCUUUGGUGGCUCCAACCCCUUCGAUAUCUUCUUUGCCAGCAGCCGGUCCACUAGACCCUUCAGUGGCUUUGACCCAGACGACAUGGAUGUGGAUGAAGAUGAGGAUCCAUUUGGCGCCUUUGGCCGCUUUGGCUUCAAUGGGCUGAGUAGGGGUCCAAGGCGAGCCCCAGAACCACUGUACCCUCGGCGCAAGGUGCAGGACCCACCUGUGGUGCAUGAGCUGCGGGUGUCCCUGGAGGAGAUCUACCACGGCUCCACCAAGCGCAUGAAGAUCACACGGCGGCGUCUCAACCCUGAUGGGCGAACUGUGCGCACCGAGGACAAGAUCCUGCACAUUGUCAUCAAGCGCGGCUGGAAGGAAGGCACCAAGAUCACCUUUCCCAAAGAGGGUGAUGCCACACCUGACAACAUCCCUGCUGAUAUCGUCUUUGUGCUCAAAGACAAGCCCCAUGCACACUUCCGUCGAGACGGCACCAACGUGCUCUACAGUGCGCUGAUUAGCCUCAAGGAGGCGCUGUGUGGCUGUACUGUGAACAUUCCCACUAUCGAUGGCCGGGUGAUCCCAUUACCCUGCAAUGAUGUCAUCAAGCCAGGCACCGUGAAGAGACUCCGUGGGGAGGGCCUUCCCUUCCCCAAAGUGCCCACCCAGCGAGGAGACCUCAUUGUCGAGUUCAAAGUUCGCUUCCCAGACAGAUUAACACCACAGACACGACAGAUCCUUAAGCAGCACCUACCCUGUUCCUAGGCUCUGCCCCAGGCAGCCCAGAGUCUACCACAGCAAUACCCCCUACACUCAUCCCACCCAAUGUGCACCCAGCUUGAUGUCCACUGGACAUUAGCAACUUUUUCUAAAAUGCAAAAAAAAAAAAAAAAAAGCCACUGGAUUUCAGGAAAAUGUUCCUGUCCCCGACCCCUUUCAGAGCUGGGCUGCCUUGGGGAAAUGGGUGGGAGGUGGGGAGAGCUAGCCCAGGUCAGGGGUCAAUUUUCAUGUCACUAGCUUUGAAUCCAGUUCCCACGCCAGUGGCUGGAGAGUGACCUGAGUGCUACUUGAAGAUACAGAGAUUCCCUGUCUAUGCCUGUAAAUAGCAUGUCCUCUUUCCCCUCUCAGCUUUGCUAAUACCUCUCCUCUCCUUGCGCUUCAACUUCCUCCUACUGGGCGUCGAGGAAGAUAGAAAGGACACUGCUUCCCCACCCCCGCCCCCUCCAUAGGUCCACAGUGUCUAAGGUUAAUGCACACAUAUUCACGCACACAAAGCACUCACCUAGAGCUUCUGUGCCUCUCCGGGAUUGAGAUGGGAAAGGAAGGUCCGUAAGCCAUGAACUGGGCCAUUGAGCACGAGACACUUUUCAUUAGGGGCAGGAAGGUGAACAGGGCCCUUGGCAGCCCCCCUGAGAGCUCCCCUGCCCAGAUCCCGCAGAACUGAAAGUUCUGUCCUCCCUGCUACACUCAGGAGUGUGCAAGGGUGGAGGGAGGGGAAGAGGGCCUGCUGUAUUAAGGCUAAGAGGUAGGGGGCAGGGUCCACCUCCCAGCCUUCAUCAGGAAGGGAAAGGGCUUGGGGGUCGGGUGGCAGCUAUUCCCCACCAAGAGAUUCAGGGUCACAGGUUUCUCCCCACACCUCUGAACUCAGGGCCUAGCCACCCCCAACUUUCGAAAUCCCAUUUUUGUGAUAUGUGAAGCUACUUAUUUCUUACCCUUCAUGGAGGCUGCGUGGGAGAAUUUCCAGCCCUUUAAUGCCUGUGUGACCCCACCCCACUCCCACAGUUGUAUAAAGGUCAAAUAGUGAAGGAGCUAGGGGAAGACAGCUUCAGCCAGGUCCUGGGGUGGGGUCUUAAGGUUUUCUCACUUUGACAAGCCCCUGAAUGUUUUUAUAGUAGUUUUUUUGUAUUUUUUUGUAAUGACAGUAUUAUGAAAAAAAAUAAAGUAUUUUAAAAAUAAGGCAUCUGAGCAGGAGCAAUGAACCUGGGAUGGGGGCAGGUGUGAAGUACCACUAAAGGGCCCUCGUCAUCUCUGAGAAAUCCAGGCAGUCCUUCAAUAUAAGGUGAUGCGGGCUUCUUCCUUCCUCCAAGCCUAGGCUCCUGGCAUUUCUAAAACAUAUACCCCAAACACAGCGGAGACAGAAGAUACCACUCAGCUAUUAGAAGACACAAAUCUAUUUAGAAAGAAUAAAUAUCCUUGGUAAUGAGACACAAAGACUAUCCUCUCUGAAGGAUGUGCUAGCAUGAGGACUUGUAGAUUUUCUCUACAUGGACUGGAAUUUUCCUUUGAGAAAAGGAAAUGUCCCUCCUAGGAGGGGAUGAAGGAAGACUUUCUGGCUAACUAAAAGAGACACAUCCCCAAAGACAAAGCCACCAAGGGGCAGUGGCAAGAACGUCUAGAGGUACCUGGCUGGCAUCUUUGGCCCAUGUUGGCAGGGCCUGGCUGGGGAUGCAGGCUCCCUGGAAGGCAUGAAUACUGUUGCUGAUCCUUAAAUCUUAUCAUUUUCUGGGCAUGUCUGUCCUUGUCUCUGAACUACUUAUCCCUGCUGAGACAACUCUGAUCCUCAGGACCUGCAUGCUGCCUGCAUGAUGCACUUGUCACUUUCCUUGGAUCUGGGUAAGGAAGAGCCCUGUAGUUGCAGGAAUGCCCAUCUGUAGGCUAUGCCUGGGCCUGGACUUCCUCCUGAUGCUGACUUUCUUCCAUGCCUGAGCCCCAGAUUCUUCAAGAUCAAGCCCACAAGAACCAUGCCCUUCUAAGCUUCAGUGUCCACAGUGCCAUGAAGACAUCUCUGCCUUCACCUGGGCCUACACUCCAUACAGAGGCUAACACCAACUAAGCUUUAACAGAGAAAUUCUGCCCUUGCCUUUUCUCUUGGGACAGUACCAGUGAAAAAUCUUCUCAUCCUUUUACUAAGGUACUUUUGGGAGGAACCUGUUCCUUCCACUGCAGAAACCAAGGGGUCUUGCUCACAAAGGUGUCUGCAAAUUUCCUGGCCUGGGCAGGGAGAUCCCCAAUCCUGCAUCCACUACUCCGUGCUUUCUUGUUUUGGGUCCCCUAGGUCAUCCCUCUUCACUUGUGGCUAAAUUAUUGUCCUGGCUCUUUCCUGAGGCCUGAAGCUUUCGGAUCCAGGUCGGCUAAGCCAGACUACUUCCCCCGGCUUCAGUGUGUACGUGUAAGACCCAGGAAAAGUGUCACUAUCUCCACUGAGUGCACUCUGGGGAUGAGCCUAUGAGUCUUUAAAAGCCAGGCUGUCUGAGGCCAGGGGCACUCCCAUGAGAAAGCCCUGAACCUGGCUCUGCAACUCGGCCUGCAAUUUGAGCCUUUCCUGUCUUAGAGGUUGCAUGGGGGGAUUUGUGGUCCUUUAACGCCUGUGUGACCCCCUACACACACACACACACACACACACACACACACACACACACAC